UCACAGGUAGCCGGCAAACACUUGACGAUCGUCGUGUCGUGAAGACGUACGCGUCCAGUGACGAUAACCCCCAGUACAUAAACCCCGUGAACGCACGUCCCGUGCAACCCUCCGAUAACUGAAAGUGACCGUGUUUGGUGGUCGACAAUCGAACGGUGCAGGUGACCAGAGAUGGAUGAAGGGUUGAUGCUGACUUUCCGGCCUUCGAACGUGGACUUCGACUCGAUCGACUUCAACAACACGAGCAUUUUAAUCGCACCUGCAGUCAACGACGUUAGUGCCAUUACGGAUCCCGAGUACGAACAGUUUCUGGCCGACGUUUGGGUCGGCAUCGUUCUCACCCUCAUGGUGCUCAGUUGUGUUUGUUUUAUGUGCUCAUGUCUUAUUUACCACAAGUUUCAACAAUGGAAGUCCAGAGUGAUAGAGGCCCGGAACGCCGCCAACUUGGAGGCGGGCGUGAUAGAGUCGGAACUGCCCAGCUACACGAUAGCUUCGGGUCUGCCCAGCUACGAGGAGGCGUUGGAACAGCUCAAGAAGGUCAAGGAACUGUCGUCGGGGAUUCCCGCGUCGAAGACCAACGAGAAUUGGGUGCCCAGGACGCCUCCCACCCCCAUCAACUCCUUGUCGGUGGUCAAUCUGUUCCAGUACUACAAACAGUCCGAACUGUCCAAGCCCACGUGAUCCUUGCGACUGUGGACGAUUGAAAUUGUGAUAAUUUGACUGACAGUCGGUGGAGCAAAGAAGACGUAUCACAGAACGAAUCCUGCUGGCCGGGCCAAAGUUCGGUUUGUUCUAGAACUGAACACCACGGAAACAAGGAGGAACACAAAAAUAAAUUAGCUUGUAGACAUUUAAGUAAUUAAUUAAGUUCGCCAUUUUUUGAUGAAAAAUGCAAACGGAAUCUGCCAAAUAAACUGUAACAUUUUUGAUUGUCCUUCAUUACAUUGAAAUGAAUCUACUUAGAAUAUCAUCAACGAUAUGGUAAUGGACUGAUGAAAUUUAAAUGUGUAUAUAGUUACAUGACGUAUGUAUUUUAAAUAUGAAUAAUUGUAUUACUAAAAAGGCUGUGUCUAGAGUUAAGAAGCGCAUGCAGAUGAACACAACUCUUUAAAUUAUUUAUUUUUGCAUUUUGCACUUUAAUAAUGUUUAUCUAGUUCAAGUGGUUUGUGUUCACCUGUAAAAUAUAUCAAAAACUAAUAUUUGUUACUUAAGAGAAAAGUGAUAAUUAUAUUUAAGUCUGAUGACGUUUUAUGUCAGUCUUUAACUUAGUUUAAACAUGUAAAUAUUUGUUAAAUAAAAGUCCAUUUUGUCUGA